GUAUUACAUGCUGUACUGUACGUACAAUAUUAUUGACAAUGACAGCAUAGAAAUCUCACAUGAUCUCACACGAAUUGUACUUAGUGGUUCUACCUACGAUUUGUUCUCCAUGGAGAUGAAUUAAUUAUUGAAACUUGAAAGGCAGGUUUAUUUUCAUGCUCGAAAUUAUAAAUAAAAUCUGAAAAUGGAUGAAGCAAAAUUUUUAAAACGAAAAGUGAGGUCCGGAUCUUUGGAUGUUCAUCCUACGGAAAAAGCUUUGGUAGUCAAUUAUGAUGUGGAAGCAUUAAUCUUGGGUGAAUUGGGUGACCCUAUGUUGGGUGAACGUAAGGAAUGUCAAAAAAUAAUUCGAUUAAAAAGUUUGAAUGCAGAUACUAAUGUAUCACUUCUUGCUAAAGAAGUGAUAGAAAAAUGUUCUUUAAUUCACGAAUCUAGGUUGAGAGAGGUAGAACAAUUGAUUUACUAUCUCCAGAAUCGUAAAACAAAUGACAUUACUACAAGUAAUGAUAAUAAUUCUCAACUUUCAAGACCAUCGUCGUCAAAUUCUUUAUCUAUAGACAAUGGAGAAACGGAACGUGCUAUCAUUAGCAACGUUGAUAGUUACAUUGAAUUAUUAUAUGAGGAGAUUCCAGGAAAAAUCAAGGGAUCGUCACUGAUCUUACAAUUAGCACGAAUACCUGAUAAUCUGCAUGAAUUGACAAAAAAUGAAUCCCUGUUAAGUGCUUUAGCUAGAGUUCUAAGAGAGGAUUGGAGACGUAGCAUAGAAUUGUCUACAAAUAUUGUCUACAUCUUCUUUUGUUUCUCAACAUAUAGUCAAUUUCAUAAUAUUGUGCUUGAAUACAGAAUUGGAUCAUUAUGUAUGGAUAUAAUAGACUUUGAACUACGUCGGUAUGAUCAAUGGAAAGAGGACAUGGAGAAACGUAGACGUCAUUUCGAAAAUACUACCGGUUUAACGUUCUUCUCAAGUGCAAAUGAUAACUGUGACAAAAAGAAUAAAAUCAUCGAUGACAUCUGGAGUACCGAUGGUCCUCUAGAUUAUGAAAUUAAAAAACGAUCUAGCGAAAUUUCUGUAACUGAGAAUGACAUUAAGAAAUUAAAAGAGGAACUUGAAAAAAGUCGCAAGAAAUUUAAAAGCUUAAUAAAAAAGCAGGAGCAUCUAUUGCGAGUGGCCUUUUAUUUAUUAUUAAAUAUUGCUGAAAAUAUGGAAGUAGAGAGAAAAAUGCGCAAAAAAAACGUAAUUGGCAUGCUGAUCAAGACAUUGGACAGGACAAAUACGGAUUUGGUGAUACUAGUUAUUGCAUUCUUGAAAAAAUUAUCGAUAUUUCGAGAAAAUAAAGAUCUUAUGGCUGAAGGAAAUAUUAUUGAAAAAAUACCAAGACUUUUGCAAAAUAAUAAUGCUGAUUUGGUAUUGAGUACCUUAAAAUUAUUGUUCAAUCUUUCCUUUGACACGAAGCUUAGGGCAAGAAUGAUAAGAGUUGGCUUGUUACCAAAAUUAAUUAAACUCCUUGGUCAAAGUGACAUUAAAAAUAAGACAAUAAUUUUGGGAACAUUAUAUCAUACUAGUAUGGAUGAUAAAGUGAAAGCUAUGUUUACAAAUACUGAAUGCAUACAAAUGAUAACAAAUAUGAUUUUGAACUCUGAAGAUGAUCAACCAAAAUUAGAAUUAGUUGCUCUUGGUAUAAAUUUAGCAAUCAAUAGUAAAAAUGCCCAACUUAUGGUAGAAAAUAAUCGUUUGCAAGGACUUAUAAAAAAAGCAUUCAGAAAUCAAGAUCCUCUUAUAAUGAAAAUGAUACGAAAUAUCUCUCAACACGAAUCAACUAAGGACAGUUUUGUUGAAUUUGUGGGUGAUUUUGCUAUGGCCUUGAAUCAAUCAGACUCUCAAGAUUUUGUUUUGGAAGUUAUCGGUGUAUUAGGUAAUUUGGAAUUACCUGACUUGGAUUAUUCACAAAUACUCCAUCGAUGUGAUUUGAUACCAUGGAUACGCAAUAAUCUUGUGCCAGGUAAAGCACCUGACGAUUUAGUACUUGAGAUUGUUAUAUUUUUGGGUACAGCAGCUUAUGAUGAAGACUGUGCACGAUUAUUAUGUAAAGCCGACAUACUUUUGUCCCUUAUCGAACUUCUUAAAGCUAAGCAAGAAGAUGAUGAAAUGGUUUUGCAAAUAAUAUAUGUUUUUUAUCAAAUAUCUAAACAUGAUUCGACAAGAGACUAUUUAAUACGUGAGACUGGUAAUGAAGCACCUGGAUAUUUAAUAGAUUUGAUGCAUGAUAAAAAUCCAGCAAUUAGAAAAGUGUGCGACGCAUGUCUGGAUGUUAUUGCUAUGUGCGAUAAAAAUUGGGCAGCACGUAUAAAAGUGGAAAAAUUCAGAUCGCAUAAUCAGCAAUGGUUAGAAAUGGUCGAGUCUAUAACAAGCGACACUACUAAUCAUUUACUACCAGAAGAAGACGAUAGUCUUUCACCGUUUACGAAUGGUGAUCUCUUAAACAAUACAAUGUUAUUCCCAUCUGGUAAUAUCGCAUCAUUCAAUGCGGAUGACAGAUUUUCAAUUAUGAAAAAUUCUUCAGAAUCAUCUGAAAAUCAAAGUCGACCAGUCAGCAGGUACAAAGAUUUUGAUGAAUUGGGCGAACUCAUGGCCCGUUCUAAAUCCCGCAUGUCUGUCGGUUCUGGGAUUGAAGACAUCUACUAUAAUUCCAAAGUAAAAUUUACUGAAUCAGACAGUUCUCAUGUGUUAAUAUGAAAGGUAAACCACAUUAUAGUGGAUUGUCUACUAGUGAUAAUAAGAACUUCAAUUCUCAUUUAAAAUCAUAUUAUCUUUCCAUAUAAAUGUGCAUAAUGAUGCAUGUAAUAGUUGCUUCAUUUGUCUAAGUAUCAAUAACAGUUCUAUACAUAUAUUUAUUCAUGCAAUACAAUAUUUUAAUAUUCAUUUUAAUUUUUAGUCGAUAAUACAAAUAAAGGUAGUAGCAAUAUUUAUCUAAAUCAUUUUAUAUUUAAUGAUUUAUGAGAAAUCUUGAGAAGUCUUAAAAAAUAUAAGUAAUGAACUAUUUUCAUCUCGCAAGCAGUAUGAAGUUGGCAAACUAGGCAUAUGCAGCAACCUUUAUAUGGAUCACUUCGUAUUUAUUUAUUUGCAAAGGCAUUUUGGAAAGCUUUUACAAC